GUCUCGUCGUCGCUGUCGGUUUGCAUACUCGCGCGCGCUCCUCGCCGAUUUUAUUCGGACCUGAUCUCGGUGAGACCGUUUCAGUAUUGGCAAGCAACUGUGGCAGCAGCAGCCGCAUCCAGCAUCUGAUCUGGAUUUGCGAUCCAGGAAGAAAUUGGUUCGAAACGGUACCAACCAGCGGAAGCAGCAGACGAACGCAAAAUAAAGACCAAUCAUUCAAGUGACAUCACCAUCCCAUACGUGACGAAUCGCGUCAUAAAGUAUUCGCCGAAACAAACAUAAAAAGUGCUACAGACUCAAGACUAUCACCCAGCGUCAUACCAUCGCAAUCAACCGAGUGACAAUUUUCCGUCGGUCUGGACUCCGGAGCAAGUGAGUGAAGAUCAUCGAAAGUGCAAGUGACCUCCAGCUGCCAUCGCAUCCAUCUCCCAACUUACCUGCCUGCAGCCGGUGCGCGCCUACGAAACACCAUCGACGGACCAUUAGAAAAGCCUAAUUAGCGCCGUCGUCUGUCCCGCGCGCAGCAGUCGUGAUCUGAUAACGUCCCAACCUGCGAAGAAGAAACUGAAGAAGCCACGACACUCGGCGGGAAGUUUACGCGAAAAAAAAACAUCUUCUACGACGGCGUAGUCUCAGUAUCGAGUCAAGUGUGUGUGUUUUUGUUGUAGGAAAAAAAUGAGAUCCAACUUUGCGCACGAUUAAAGAUAAUGACAAAUGAUUACCGGUUGGUCCACUGCUGGCACCAUCAUCACCAUACCCGCGUGCAGGUUGCUGUAAGUGCGUAGAAGUGACGUGUGGUACGUGAGUUUUGCAGACUAAUUGUCGCAGGUUACGGUGGGGUCUGUGAGAAGAAAGUGAAAACUGGGAGGCAAUCGUCAAGGUCCCCCCCUGCGGAGCCUUAGGAAGUAUUCAACUGUCCCACGGUCGGCGGGAUUCCGCAAAAACAACCACAAAAAAAAACACAGUGAACUGAAGUGAAGUCAUUUGCGAUUAAUUGAAGCAUCCGACGCAAAACCGGACCACGGGACAAAACGUUUUCGAUUGGGGCCGCCGCCGGGUCGAAGUGAAGAGACUUAACCGAGUUCGGAUUAAAUUAUUUAAAAAAUAUUGAACGACUGAUCGUUGCCGUUGCUGGAGCGGCUUAUGUUAAUUAGUGUUGGGGGGAGUUGAACAAAGAAAAAGUGGAGUAAAUCGAGAAGCGACGGUGAACUGAAACCUAAGAAAUUCGGGUUGUGGCCUUUGAGGACGCUCGAUCGAAGGAAAACCACCGAACCGAACCAAAAGUGCAGUGAAGUGGAACUUUUUUUUUCUCUGAUUCGGAUUUCGAGGUCCUGCCUGAACUGAAGAGGCUCCACCGCCGUGACGAAGCCAGUACGAGUGUUACGGUGAUUACGUAGCUGUGUACGGGUUGUUGUUCCUGACCUUUGCGAUAGCGGCGGUGUGAUCUUUCCAUACCUUAUUCGCACAAAAAAAUAAAAACAAGAUCAUUCCGACGCGAACCCCGUUGCUCUCGUUCGACAAUCAGCUCACGUCCCGUGCCAGGCGAAAUGAUGAAAAUAUGCGCAAAAAGUCAGCCACUUUACCUCGGACCUCGAGUCUGACUGACUCGCACUGACCUUUCCCGUGGAUCUUCUGGACCAGCGCUGACGAUCGUUCCAUCUCGAGUGGAUGUGUACCGACUUAUGUUUGUGUUAUAAAUAAUCUCAAGUGCUCGUCCAGCCUCCAAAAAGGAGAGAUAUCUUCCUGCGUGUGAUAUUUCUUAACGAUCGUCCGCCUCUCGGACCCCGUCCUUGUCGAUCAUCUUCAGCGCUGUCCAACCCAAGUGACUUUUAAACCACCACCACCAGCAUCACCGCCGCCGAAGUGAAGAUCAGUGAAACAUUUUACACUAAAUGACACUUUGUAUGUGCUUCAGGCUCGAAACAAUUGCGUCCUUCUCGGCUGAUUGCAGUGUCGUGCCAGAAAUCCCGCGGUCCUAGUGACAUUAAGAUUGAACCAUCAUCCCGCGCUUAACGUGUAGUGAAGUUUCCGCGUCCGACAAAAACCAGAAAACUCAUCUCGUGUGUGGGAUUACCAGAUCCGUCCUCGCGGAAGAAGAGCCCUUCCCGUGAAUUCCGUCGGAAUCGGCAGAAACAACAGAGUGAUUCUUUGUGGUGGCGAUCGCGUGUGCGUUUAUUUCGAAAAAGUCACACUUUCAAGUGGACCACAGUCAGUCAGUCAGUCGUUCGCCCAAAACUUCAGCCGGACGUUGCCGGAGAUCGCGUUGUCGAGGGAGAGUGAAGUGGAUCAACUCCAAGAGCAUCAACAUCGGCAUCAACAACAGCAGAAGCAACCGCAGCAUAUCUGUUUCGAAGAUACCAUCAACACCACCACCAUCAGUCGUCAACCGUCAUCGCUGCCAAAAAUAAACCCAUCCAAAUUCGGUGCUCCAGUUGAAUCCUUGAAAAAAUCAAUCAACUUCUUCGAGAGCGGAACAUAACCCAGGGAGUGUACGCGACGCGUAAGCGCGACGAGUGGAACGCGAAGAAGAAAAAAAUGGAUCAGGCCUAAUCACUCAAGGCAGCAACGCAGCUUCGGACACAUCGCCGUCUUGUUUCAUCGUUUGACCACCACCAAAUCGGGACAAGGACCACGCUUCUCUGAAUCGGGGAAUGCCAAGCGAGAUCGAGUGCUAAGCGGAAAAAGAUGCGAGAAAAAGACCAUUCCCCAAGAAAGAUGCUCCCCAGUCCCAAACAGGCGGCGGUCUACCCGCUUCUCGGCCUAGGGUCGACUAUUUCGGCUCAGCUACCGUUCGACUUCUCCACCAGCAACCGAUCCUCCUCAUCCAACCUGCUGCACCAGCAGCAGAGUCUGCUCGAUCAACCACUGGAUCUACGAGUAGAACGCAAAAAGUCCUCCAACAGUAGCAGCUCAACCUCCGAUGACGACGAAACUCCCCGAACGCCGGCCGAUGAUGGCGUCAAACCCAGCAGUGUGAUAUCCUUCCAAGACAACAAUAACAACAACAAUCUAAGCAAUAACAACACCGACAGCAGUAAUAAGAGUCCCAGCCCAAUCCACCUAAACAAUAACAACAACAACAAUAACAGCGUAAAAUAUACCAACAACAAUCACAUCAAUGUGAAAGAUGAGUUCCGAAUAUCCAACCUAGCGAACCACAGCCCUCCAAUUUUUCCACCUCCGGGGUUGAACCCCCUCAUGCUGGAAGCGAUCGCCAAGGCGGGACUACCCUUACCCGGCUACCGGAACUCCUUCCUCCCCGCUCGGUCACCCGUUUCGUUUGAUCUCCAACGGUUAUCCCAGCUGCGACAGCCCAGCAACGGAAACGGAAUCCCCAACAACAAUAACAACAACACCAACAGUAUCAACCAUAACCUGCCACCCGGUGCCGCCGCCACCGCCGCCAAGAACAAAGACCGCUAUUCGUGCAAGUUCUGCGGAAAAGUAUUCCCUCGAUCGGCGAACCUGACGCGUCACCUUCGGACGCACACCGGCGAGCAACCCUACAAGUGCAAAUACUGCGAACGUUCCUUUAGCAUAUCGAGCAAUCUGCAGCGCCACGUGCGUAACAUCCACAACAAGGAGCGCCCCUUCAAGUGUGCCCUCUGCGAACGCUGCUUCGGCCAGCAGACGAAUCUCGAUCGCCAUCUCAAAAAGCACGAAGCCGACGCGGCCGGACUGGGGCUCGGACUGGACGAGCGCCUCCGUGCGGCCCGACGAAACUCGCGGGGUAUUCCGGAGGAUUCCUACUUCGAGGAGAUUCGCUCCUUCAUGGGCAAGGUGACUCAGCUACCGAUUCCGCUGAGGAUGCAGCACCACCAGGCGGCGGCGGCAGCAGCGGCCGCUGCAGCACAACAUCCCCAGCUACAGCACCAAUCGUUGGCCCAGGUACAACAGCAGGCUCAUCAACAGCAACAGCAGCAGCAACAACAACAACAACAUCAGCACCAGCUGGAUGCGAGUUCGUCACGUAGUUCGACGCCGUCGGAUCCGGCAUCGCCCGCCGGGAGUUCGCACAGUGCUCACCUGGAGAUCAAGAUGGAAACGAACGACGAGGACGAGGAGGAUGCAGAGCAGGUGCAGGUUACCUGACCGGGUUCUGACGCGGAGUGUGUUUGAAUGGGGGUUUCGGGGGUUGCCAUACGGUAGAUGAUGGGGUGUGCGUUUCGUGGAUGGUAUGGCAGCUUUUUUAUUUGAUAGAAAUCGCAAUCCGUAUCGGUGGAAAUUUUGGUUCUGAUAAAUUUAUUGAUCUCCUGCCCUUAGAGAUAAGUGCAUUUGUGAGGAAUUGAAAACGUCCCAGUUUGCUUGAGAAAGAAGUGUCUGAUUCUGAGGCAAAAAACCAUAGUUAAUAUUUUAAAUCAUGUAUGAAAUCUUGGCCUAUACAGAUUCUGCAAGGUUCCAAUACAAAAGUGUAAGUCAGGGUUAUGUUGAAUCGCACCAAGUGCCUUUAAGGCUGACUUGUGAUAUCUCGUUCGUGAGAGGAAAACAAAUAAAUUCCUAUCAAAUCACGCGUACAUUUUUUGUGGGAUAUCCCAAGUUAUGGGAUUGAUGGAUAUUCGAUACGGCCCCAAGAAUUCAAUCUCUCAUUUAUUAUGAUAUCUUUCCAAUCCAUCCCUUUAUCAAUUUUGUCAAAUCUUCAAAAAAAAUCAUCUAGGUUGAGACAAAUUAAAUUUUUUUUCCCUCAAAUGUUUAUAUGAGUGACAUAUGAAGGAUCAAUUGGCCCCAUUUUCGUAAACAACUUAAAUGUAAAUGUUAUUAUCCUAAAAUUAUGUCAGCUUUCCGACAAUUUUUAUUUAGUGUAUUUAUGGCGUUUUGGGUUUUUGCAG